GGCGCAUGCGUGCUUUGCGCUCGGAUUCGUUUGUUUACGUUCAUUCGCGUUCUCAACAUCGUAGCGUGUCUACGGUGUAUUGAUUUAUUGAAAAUUAUAAAUUAGGUGAAUUACGUGAAUUUACUUAAGUGAAUACAAAGUACAUCUCUUUGUAACCGGUGGAUUAUAUCGAAACGAACGUAUCCGAGCGUGCCCGGCUCGGGAGUGAGAUGGGAUGCGGCGAGUGCGAGACGUGGUUCUCGCGUGGACGCUGCGGGUCUUGGCGCUCGCUCUACUGCCUGUCGUGCCGGCGCGACCUGAUGUCAUAUUCAGAGUGCCAGAAGUUUUGGUACGUCCCAUAUCGGGCACGAAGUCAGUGGGCAUAGGUCCAGGGAACAGCAGUCGGACGAACGACACGGAUCGCUGGGGGGAGACAGUGGUGGAAGUGCAGUAUGAGGAAUAUUUCGUAGAGCACGAGGUCUCCACUGCUGCAGCGAGGCAGGCGGCCGCGGUGCUCAAACUGGAGGACAUUCCAGAGACGAGGGUAGGAUGUGGGGUUUGCACGCGUCGUGAAUUGGAGUACUGCGAGACACGCGUGCUCGCUGAUCACUGCUGCUGCGAGCGGCACUACCUGCCCGAGCCCUUCCCCUGGCUGCCGCACACGUGCUACGUCGGCCCGCACCGUUGCCGCCCGCUCGCUCACGACUGCGUGCGCUACGUUCGCCUCAGAGACUGCUGCUGCUACAAGAAACUCGCUGAACGAUGGAAAGGGAUCCUAUCGAAGUCGUCUCGCGUGAGUGUGGGCGGCGUGUCGCUGCUGCUGCUGUCGGCGCUGCUGCUGGCGGCGCGCAUGUGACCCGCGCCGCCGCGCGCGCCGCCGCCCGCGCCGCUCUGAGCGCCGCACGCGCCGCACGCGCCGCCGGAGUACUUCGACUAUUGACGUAGAUCGAAUUCCUAUGUCGUAUGUACAUGUAUCAUUGUAUUUUGUUUCAUUUUCAACCAAACAAUACCAAGAACCGAAUGAUGUACAGCUUAAAAUAGCAGAAAUCAAAAAAAAACUACAUCCAAUGUGAAACUAAGCUAUUUCGACAAAAAGGCCUAAUGAAAUCAAUUGUACCGUUCUUCGGGUCUGCUUCAUCGGUGCCAUACGUUUUUCAAAAUAAGGAAACUAUAACGACACGUAUUAUUGUAACAUACGUGAACACGUAAAUCCAAAUUUACGUCAAAGUCAAACGUCAAAAGUCAAACGUCAAAGUACGAGUAUGACUGUGCUGUUAUUAUACCUGCCUGUGUCGGUCUGUUAGUUCAGAGACUUGAACAUAAUGGGAUCCAAAACUACUAACAAAAUCAAAAUAUAAUAUUUGCUUAUUAACCGUUUUCAUAUUCUUUAAUAUAAUUCACUAUUAAAAUAAAAGUUAACGGUUAAAUCUGGUUUUUAAUUUACGGUACAUGGUAAUAUCAAACCGAUUUGGUCUCGAUCCUAUGGAUAUAGAAUAGUCGAAGAUGGAUUGAAAUUUGAAUCGGUAAUGCAUCAUAAUCGUUAUAAAUUAGUAGAAUUGGCAUCCGUUGUUCCGUUACAAGUGAAGACUUGACUUGAAUGAAGGUUGACUUAAUCCAAAAUGUCAACAAAAUCAAUCGAUAUAAAUUACAAAUAUAUCGAGAUUAUUACUUAUAAUGUAUUUACUCGUAGCUCUGUAUAUGUGCUAUGCUAAAUCAUUUUCAAAAUCUACUAAAAAGCAAAUAUUUGUUCGUUUAAAUGAAACUUGGACUUCGAAUUUUAACUUAUUAUAGUACAUUAUAUGAGCUUACAUUUGUAUUUCUUGAUGUUGAAUAUUGUAUACAUAGAGUUUUACUUCUUGAAUAAAAUUUUAGAAAGUGCCUAAGCGUAUGCUUGUAGUUGCAAUAUGAGCGAUUAGAUAAAUGCUUUUAAUUAAGAAUAUGACAUGUUAUAAGUACAGCGAUAUAUAUAAUUGCUGUUUUGUAGUAUUUUGUGGGUAGACAAACACUUUCUAUCUACUAGAGUUAUACUAUAGAUCCAUUCAAGUGUAAAAUAAUGCAUAAAGCAAUACCUGUAAAUAUCCCACUGCUCUGCGAAGGUCUCUCCUUUUAAAUAAGCGGUUCUUGGAGCUUUUUUCACCAGGCUGCCCCAGUAUGAGCUGGUGACAGAUUAUUAUCCGAUUCGUGGGAUGUGUUGUAACGAUCGUGAUAAAUAAUCAAAUUAAUCACAUGAAUAUUCAGUAGCGCCUGGAUUACAACCCAAAUUUUUUUUAUAGAAUAGGAAGGCGGACGAGCAUAUGGGCUACUUAAUGAUAAGUGGUCACCAACGCCCAUAGACAUUGGCAUUGUAAGAAAUGUUAACCAUCGCUUGCAUCACCAAUGGGCCAACAACCUUAGGAACUAAGAUGUUAUGUCCCUUGUGCCUGUAAUUACACUAGCUCACUCACCCUUCAAAUCGGAACGCAACAAUACCAAGUACUGCUGUUUUGCGGUAGAAUAUCUGAUGAGCGGGUGGUACCUACCAGACGAGCUUGCACAAAGCCCUACCACCAGUAAAGUUUACUCUUACUACCAGUUUGGUUAAGAUUAACGCGUUCUACUGACUGGUGUAGCUCGUUAUAAUCUUCUCUCUGAGAAACUUUACCGUGUUAGUUGUAGUUUUUUUUCUCAAUGUGAUAUAUUUUUAGAAUCGCGGAGUAUGCAAGAAAUGAAUGAAAUGAUUUUAAAACAAACAUAAUAUUAGUACUAUUUAUAUGCACUUUCACGUUGAAGCAACGCUUUAUAUA